AUGGUCAGAGCAACUUCGAUAAUUAGAAACGCAUCCAAUGCGGGUAAACCAAAACCUAUGAGUGCGGAUCACACUUUAUAUCAUGCUAUGCCAACUGGUUUCUGGAAAAAAUUCCUAAACCCCGAAAUCUCAUCCGGUCUUCCCAUACCCACCGAACACAGGUACCCCCAACCUGGUUCCAGAACUGAACGAUAUGCUACUCCCUCGACGAAUGCCAGUGAUGUAGCUUUCAACCCUUACUGGAAACGAGAUGCCCGACGAGCAUACCCUCAAACAUCAUUCAUAACCCAAUCCGAACUCUCCUCCUUACUACUAGCCUCACCAACAUUAGAAUCCCUCCCUUCGCCCGAAACAGCCAACCAAGUCCGACCUGACUCUUCAGCUAUCUCACCCUCCUCCGACUCAUCAGCCCAACAGCAAUCUAUCGUCACCUCCUCCGUUCCAUCCUUAUCAUCCGUCUUAGAGAAAUUACCCCAAGGUAAAGCUUUCACAGGAAGUGGUAUCAAAACUGCUACUGCCUCUACUUCCGCAUUACCACCUACACCACCUGGAGCUAAGUGGAAGCCCCAAAGAGGAGAUGAGAUCCCACAUGGUGAGCAUGCUUAUUUCCCUAUGAUCGGGUAUAAGUAG